AUGGCCUCCACCUCCUACUGCGCCACUCCAUCUCCGUCCCUACGAUGCUCUGCCGCCUUCUUCCCCACCUUCGCCUCUCCGCCUCCCGCCCUCCGCUUCGCCGUCCCUCCGCUCCUCCCCCGCCGUCUCGCCAUAUCCCCACCGAGAGUUCGAAUUCCGGCGGUGGCGUCAGCGCUGGAGUCCCUAGUGCAGGAGUCCGAUGACGAGGACGAGGAGGACGACGGGUCUGGGCUGUUCAAGGCCGAGGCGUGGGCGUCGGCGGACGAGAGGGACGCGGUGCGGUCCCCGGAGCUGGUGGUGCCCGAGCUGGAGGAGCUGCCCGAGCAGUGGCGCCGCUCCAGGAUUGCCUGGCUCUGCAAGGAGCUCCCCGCCUACAAGCACUCCACCUUCACCCGCAUCCUCAACGCCCAGCGCAAGUGGCUCACCCAGGAGGACGCCACCUACGUCGCCGUACACUGCCUCCGCAUCCGCGACAACGACGCCGCCUUCCGGGUGUUUAGCUGGAUGGAGCGGCAGCACUGGUACCGCUUCAACUUUGCGCUUGCCACAAGGGUGGCGGAUUUUCUCGGCAGGGAAGGCAAGGUUGAGAAAUGCCGGGAGAUGUUUGAGGCAAUGGUCAAGCAGGGCCGUGUGCCUGCCGAGUCCACCUUCCACAUACUGACCGUUGCGUACCUCAGUACGCCCAGGGGACGGUGCCUCGAGCACGCUUGCACUAUCUACAACCAGAUGAUACAGAUGGGCGGCUACAAGCCUCGCCUCAGCCUUCACAACUCAUUGUUCCGCGCACUUGUGAGUAAGACAGGAGGAACUGCAAAGCACAACCUCAGGCAGGCUGAGUUUGUCUACCACAAUCUUGUCACCACCAAUCUUGAGGUGCACAAGGAGGUCUAUGCUGGGCUCAUCUGGCUUCACAGCUACCAAGAUGUCAUUGAUAGAGACAGGAUCAUAGCUCUUAGGAAGGAAAUGAAGCAGGCUGGUUUUGAUGAGAGUAUUGAUGUGCUGGUGUCAGUCAUGCGGGCCUUCUCCAAAGAAGGGAGGGUUCAAGAAACAGAGGCAACAUGGCAUGAAAUUCUCCAGAGGGGUUCAGAACUUCCUGCUCAGGCCUAUGUCUGCCGAAUGGAGGUUUAUGCUCGAACUGGUGAGCCUAUGAAAUCCCUGGAUAUAUUCAGAGAAAUGAAGAGGCAAAGUAUACCCCCAAACGUUGCAACUUAUCAUAAGAUAAUUGAGAUAAUGGCAAAUGCUGAGGAGAUAGAUGUUGCGGAACAACUUAUGGAUGAAUUUUCUGAGAGUCAUAUGAAGCAUCUGAUGCCAGCAUUUCUUGCCCUGAUGUACAUGUAUUUGGAUCUUGAUAUGCAUGAGAAAUUAGAAUUAACAUUCUCGAAAUGCCUUGCUAGGUGCCGUCCAAAUAGAAUCUUGUACAUCAUCUAUCUAGAAUCACUGAUAAGGGCUGGAAAUGUCGAGAAAGCUGAGGAGGUCUUCGAUGAAAUGCACAAAAAAGGGACGAUAGGUACUAAUGCAAAAUCUUGCAACAUCAUGCUAAGAGGUUAUAUUUCUGCAGAAGACUAUCAGAAAGCUGAAAAGGUUUAUGAUAUGAUGUGUAAAAAGAAGUAUGAUGUACAAGAGGAUUUGUUGGAAGAACUUCAGACUGGCCUCCGUCUUGGUAAGAAAGUCGCUGUUAAGCCAAAACCCGUGAGCAUCAAAUUGGAUCAAGAGCAGCGUGAGAUUUUGAUUGGUUUGCUUCUGGGAGGCACACAGAUUGAAUCUCAUGCACAGAGAGGGGUCCAUAUUGUCCAUUUUAAGUUCCAGGAAGAUUCUGAUGCCCAUUCGGUCUUAAGGGUGCACAUUCAUGAGCGUUUCUUUGAAUGGCUGACUUCAGCAAGCAGAUCAUUUGAGGAUGAGAGCAAGAUACCUUAUGAGUUCUCAACCAUACCUCAUUUACAUUUCGGUUUCUUUGCUGACCAGUUCUUUCUAAAAGGCCAGCCUGUUCUCCCAAAGCUUAUCCACAGGUGGUUAUCUCCACGUGUUCUAGCGUAUUGGUUCAUGUUUGGAGGCCUCAAACUCUCGUCAGGUGAUAUCGUUCUCAAGGUCAGUGGUGGGAACAGUGAGGGUGUUGAAAGAAUUGUAAACUCCUUGCAUGCACAGUCCUUACCUAGUAAAGUGAAGAGGAAAGGGCAAUUCUUCUGGAUAGGUUUUCAGGGGAGCAAUGCCGAUUCUUUCUGGAAAGUUAUAGAACCUUAUGUAUUGGACGGUUUCUUGGGUUUGACAACACAGGAAAGCGGCACCGCAGGUUCUGGUGAUGACCAAGAAACUGAUACUGAUUCUGAUGAUGAUGCUCAUAAGUAUGGAAGUGAAGAGUGA